UCGAUCUCAAUGAAAGUAGCAAUAUCUUGCUGAAUCACCCCUCUCAAUCACUUGUUACGCCAACAAGAGCAAUGGCGCGAGUCAAGAACAUUGCGGCGACACUGAUCCUUGCCAUCAUCAUGGUGGCAAUUGCAUCAUUGCCUAUCACAAGCGCCGCCAUCGCCAUCGACAAUUCCAACGUUGCCGAUGAUGCCGCCUUGGCCGAGCUAACAACCAUCAUCAAAAAGGCCCUAGAUGGGGUCAUCGCCGCCGCCCCACCAUCCAAAAUGACGGAAGUAAAAUAUGAUGUGUUGGAGCAUGAAUUCACCGCUACGUCCGUGCUGCACAAGGCCAAGGGAGACAAGGAGAAAUUAGCUAAAUAUAUCAAGGCCUACAAGAUCGCCGCUAAGCUAGUCACUGCCGCGAAACCCGAGUCCAAGUUCAGAAUGAUGGAGGAUACCUUCACACUGGCUGCCCGGCCCAGUCCGUAAGUUGCAUCUCCUUCACAUAUAGAGAUGCAUGCACAACACCACCGUCUGCGCCGGACGACGUACCACACACACGCCCACCCUUAUAUUCGAUUGAUUUUUACAGUAUAAUUUAUUUAUAAAUUGUCAUGCAUGCACAUCGUACGUGCACUAGUUCUUGUUUCAAUUUUAUUCCUUUCCAUUGGAGACUUUGUAUCCCCAAAAUAAUAAUGCAGAUAUAGGGAACCCUCAUGUACGGGGCCAUCAAAAUAUGUACUCCGUUUGUUUCCCCAAAAUAAUACUAUAUGAAGAAAUAAAUUGUAGUAUUUGUCAUUC